UAUGUAUCACUUUAAUAAGAAUUAACCAAAAGAAAGGCGAAAUUUAGUUAUAUUAAAUAAAACGCACAAAUUGCUUGAAGAAUCAAAACAUCGUGAAAUUUUCAACAUAUUUAUCAAACUAUUAGAAAAAGGAACAAAUAAUUAUCACCGAAAUAUAAUUGUUUUCCGAAAUGACCUGGGGAUUUGUGACAUGCGGGCCUAAUGAAGCUCUUGUCGUAUCAGGAUGUUGCUAUAUGAAGCCUUUGCUGGUUCCGGGAGGCCGUGCUUUCGUCUGGCCCUCCAUUCAACGUGUACAGCGCAUUUCACUGAACACUAUGACGCUUCAAGUGGAAAGCCCAUGCGUGUACACCAGUCAAGGUGUCCCCAUCUCUGUAACAGGCAUCGCUCAGGUUAAAGUUCAGGGGCAAAACGAGGAUAUGCUGUUGACAGCUUGCGAACAGUUCCUGGGAAAAACAGAAUCGGAAAUAAACCACAUUGCACUCGUGACUCUGGAAGGCCAUCAGCGAGCUAUAAUGGGAUCAAUGACUGUGGAGGAAAUCUAUAAGGAUCGCAAGAAGUUUAGCAAACAAGUUUUUGAAGUGGCAUCCAGCGAUUUGGCCAAUAUGGGCAUAACCGUCGUUUCGUACACCAUUAAAGAUUUACGCGAUGAAGAGGGCGAUUCCAAGGGCUAUCUUAAAUCCUUGGGCAUGGCACGAACGGCGGAAGUUAAGCGCGAUGCUCGUAUUGGCGAGGCAGAAGCACGUGCUGAGGCACACAUAAAGGAGGCCAUUGCCGAGGAGCAACGCAUGGCUGCUCGGUUUUUGAACGAUACGGAUAUUGCAAAGGCUCAGCGCGAUUUCGAACUGAAGAAAGCAGCUUACGAUGUGGAGGUACAAACCAAGAAAGCUGAGGCUGAAAUGGCCUAUGAGCUACAGGCAGCCAAGACGAAGCAACGCAUUAAAGAGGAACAAAUGCAGGUGAAAGUAAUUGAGCGUACUCAGGAGAUUGCAGUGCAGGAACAGGAAAUAAUGCGUCGCGAAAAGGAGCUUGAGGCAACAAUUCGUCGUCCCGCCGAGGCCGAAAAGUAUCGUUUGGAGAAAUUGGCCGAGGCCAAUAAAUUGCGUGUGGUCAUGGAGGCCGAAGCUGAGGCAGAAUCGAUUAAAAUACGUGGUGAGGCGGAAGCCUUUGCAAUCUCUGCCAAGGCCAAAGCUGAGGCUGAGCAAAUGGCUCAAAAAGCCGAAGCUUGGCGUGAAUACCGGGAAGCAGCUAUGGUUGAAAUGCUGCUAGACACUUUACCAAAGGUGGCCGCCGAAGUGGCUGCUCCGCUCUCACAGGCCAAAAAGAUUACAAUGGUGUCUAGUGGCCAAGGUGAAAUAGGCGCAGCCAAGCUGACUGGCGAGGUGUUACAAAUUGUCAAUAAAGUACCGGAGCUGGUUAAGAACAUUACUGGUGUCGAUAUUUCCAGGUCCGUGCAUGCUGGCUAAUCAAAAUCCAAAUCUCACAUAAAUCUGUCUGUACUCUCCAUAAAUGCCGCAAAAGCAACAAAAACAUAAACAAUUAAAACACAACAAUUUAAAACGAUCGAAUAUACAUAAAUUAUCCUUUUUUUUAUUGUAUUGUAUAUGUAAUGUUGUUUUUUUAACAACUCUAUGCGAAUCAACCAAUUUUUGCAAAUGUUUUGCACACAAAAAGAACAAAGAUAUUUUGUACUCAAUGUAAGAAUAAUAAACCAAAUAUACAUUCAUACAUACAAAUGUG